UCUCUAUUUCUGGCGGACUUUGUGCAGAUCAUCAGAAGAUAUGACUGGACUGGAACCCUGGAAAGAUACAAAAGGAAUUUCAUUUUGUUGAUGGAUCUGUCAUGGAUUAGUGUCUUAUUUGUUGGGGCAUGCUGCCUUGUUUUGGGUUUCCUAAUUGGAACUGGCCGUCGCACUCGAUUUGUUGCCUCUGCUAGAGAAUAUGCUACAGCUGCUGUGGUUGAAUCUCUCGAAAUUGAAAAACUUGCCGAUAUUAUUGAAGACUUCAAGAUGGUAUUGGUUGUGAGGAGCGACUUGAAGAUGGGUAAAAGAAAGAUUGGCACCCAAUGUAGUCAUGCAACUUUGGGUCUCUACAAGAAGCUCCUUCGCAAAGCACCAAAAGCUCUGAACAGGUGGGAGAUGUGUGGGCAAGUUAAGGUGGUUUUGAAAAUUGAGAAUGAGGAAGAGCUGCUGGUUUUACAGAAAAGGGCAAAAUCACUCAAGUUACCAAUCCAUAUUAUAGUUGAUGCUGGGAGGACACAGAUUGCACCGAAUUCACGGACAGUGAUGGCUAUUCUGGGACCUGUAGAUGUGGUUGAUGAUGUAAUAGGUGGACUGAAGCUUUUGUAGUGGUAAUCUCAAUUCAUUUUUUGUUAUCUGCAAGUUUAUGAAUCUUGGCUAUUCAGUA